GUAGAACGCGUUGUCCUUUACCUUCAAAACACUGUAAAAAUAACGACAAAUCACGAUUAAACCUGUGUCAUAUAGAUCUAUAAUAACAGAAGUGCGUGUCGAUGACAGUUUGACGCUAAAGUCACGUGUUAGUUGUGUUUUAAUCGUGUUUGAAGUGAAAGCGAGCGGAUCAUAACAGUGUUGGUUGAAGUGAAGUGGACUUGUGCACAGCAUUAUGGCGAGUGUGCUGUGCAGGAGGGUCAGACAGGUGAGCAAGUCGUCUGUCAUUCACACACUGGCUCAGAGGAUCGUAGCUGCCAGAGGGUUUUCAGCAGCGGGCUCGUCUGGAUCAGAUGAGCCGUAUAUAGCUGUACCAUCUCAAAACUCAGGUCCUAGGACAGUAUGGCCAGAUGAGACAAUGGGUCCAUUUGGGCCUCAAGAUCAAAGGUUCCAGUUGCCAGGCAACGUGGGUUUCGACUGUCACCUCAAAGGUACCGAGUUACAGAUGAGAGUCCCGGUCCACAGGACGGUCCCGGAUGUUUUAAGCAUCCCGUCCAGCACCGAGAGGCACGAGUUCAUACUCGCUCAGUUUGUUAAUGAAUAUCAGGAUAAAGAAGUUUCUCUCAUGGCGCAGAGAGUCAGUAAAGCCGAACACUAUUUCAAUCAGUCAAAUGUAGAGUGUUCCAUGCAUUCCUGUCCAGAGCUGCUGAAGAAAGAGUUGGAGCUGUUUUUCCCAGUGCUGCCUAUGAGUCCCAUUACUGUCGUCACAGUAACACAAAAGAACCAGAAGCUGGAAACAGAGGAGCUGAACAGAGAUCAGGAGGAACUACUGGAUAAUUUUGUCAGUGGUGCUAAAGAAAUCUGCUUCAUGCUGUGGAGAGGAGGAUACUGGGCCGAUUUCAUCAACCCAUUGUCCGGGAAAGCUUUUUUUGGCGAUCAGACGGCGGACUCUGUUCUCCAGCAGGAAGUUCAACGUCAUGCUGGCUUUCACAUCGAGGACCUGGCGUCUUGUACGGUCAUACGUCACGUUUCAAAGGGGACGUCUACUUUAACACUGAUCACUAAUGCGCCUUCCAACAGUCUGAUCAUGGAGAAACUUCUUCAAGGACACUCCAGCUCUUCAGAGGAAGGCGACUGAUGGACGGUUUCAAACCUGCACAAUAUUUCUACCAAAAACAAGUACUGUUUCUUAACAUGUAAGAGAGAUUCUGAAUGGCAACUUGCCAGCUGUGAUGUUACAAAAAUUGUGCUGUUAUGAGCUGAUUCAGAAAACACAAAGCAAAAAUGCAAAUUUAUUUUUAAAAUAUAAACACUUACAAUAAAAUGUUGUCUAAUACACAGUAAAACAUUUAAAUUCAGGUCUGAAACCACAUGGUGCUUUACAACACAUUAGCCUUUGGUCACGCCGUUGACUUGAGAGAACGUACAGUCGGUAAAACAUCAUCUAGAGUCGGGACGUCUGAAAGAGAGGAAACUGGAACUCAACUGGUGCCAAAACAUUAAUGUAUGUCUGACAAUAUGAUUUAGGAUUUCGUGAUUGAAGUAGUGCACUAGAAUACAAAUGUACUGUAUGUACUUUUCAUUUGAGUUUGACUGACUCUUGUUAACAACAUGAAUAAAGUUUGGUCUCACCCAG